UGGCCGAAGUCACGCAGCAGGCCAGGCGGGGUUCUGGUCACUCGGGCCAGAUCCAACUCCGUCGAGGCUUGGGGCCGAUGGCCUACGUCAAAGAGCGGACAGGGCAACCAAAGAAGCGGCCGUUGGGGUCCGGUGUCGCUUUUGGGGGCUAGGCCUCUGUGGAGAGAGUGUGGGGCGGCCUCGUUUUUGGAAAAAAUUAGGUGAAAAAAUGAUGCACCAGGGGGCUCUCCUGACAGAGAGAAGUCAGCCAACUCUGUUCCAACAGAUAAUCACGUGGCAGCCACUGGUGGUUGUUUGCUUUGCGGUAUUUGUUAAGCCUUUGCCGUGUGUGUGCCAGGCACAUAAAGUGCUGGGGUGGCCACGGGAUAGGUUGGACCCGGUCCCUGUCCCCUUACGGGGACUCUCCGGCCAAAGCGGAGGGUGGAGUGUUUAAUCUUCACUGGACGGAUGAGGAAACCGAAGCCCGGAGAAGUUGAGUUGCCCAAGGUCACACAGCCGGCAGGCGUGCGGAGCUGGGAUUGGGAAUCUUACCGCACGGCGACACCGUGCGGGGUUAUCGGACCCGGGAUUCCCGGAGGUGGAACUGGUCCCGCGGUUCUGCCGAAGCCGGCUCGGAAGGGUGGUCAUCGCAGCCCAGGCGGGGAGCCGGGCCUGUAAUCGGAGGUCUCCCGCCGCGGGCCGCUUCUCUUCCCCCCGCCUUACCGGGACAGGUGGCAUUCGGGAGGGGAGGGUCAGGUGGGAAAGGGGGCCUGCUGAGGGACACGUGGGCCCCAAGGAUCCCGUUGUAGGUGUACCUUUUUCCCACCUUUAGCGAAACGUGACUCCAGAGGCCAGGAAGAAGGGCUAUCCAGGGAGUCGCCUCACGGCACUCAACGGGGCCACGUGGGGACCAACACCCGCCCCCGAGUUCUCCGUGGGCCCGGCCGGGGAGGGGACCGGGGCUUUAAUUGGCCCUAUUGGAUUUGGGCCUCUGCUUCCAGCUCAGACCCGCUGAUGGGUCUUGGGCGAGGGUCCAGCGUCGCCAGCCGCCCUCCCUCUCAUCACCUCGAUGACUUCUUUUAGGGGUGAUGAGCGAGCCUAGCCAGGAGCUUGCUGGCUGGCGGGCGACGAGCCGGAAUCGUCAGCCGCUAGGUCCUCCCUGGCUCCCCGGAAAGCCCAGCGCAUCCUUGGGAUCAGGGCCUGGGCUUCAAGAGUCCGGAAGGAGAAAAAAGAGCAAGAGUCGAAGCCGCAGUCAUGACCGGAAGAGAAGCAAAAGCAAGGAGAGGAAAAGGAGCCGGGACCGCGAGAGGAAAAAAAGCAAAAGCCGCGAAAGAAAGCGCAGUCGGAGCAAAGAACGCAGGCGCAGCCGCUCCCGGAGCCGUGAGCGCCGUUUCCGAGGCCGCUACCGGAGUCCCUAUUCCGGACCCAAAUUUAACAGCGCCAUCCGAGGAAAGAUGGGGUUGCCUCACAGCAUCAAAUUAAGCCGGCGCCGCUCCAGAAGUAAAAGUCCAUUCAGAAAAGACAAGAGCCCGGUGAGAGAGCCCAUUGAUAACCUGACCCCCGAGGAGAGAGAUGCCCGCACGGUGUUCUGCAUGCAGCUGGCAGCCCGCAUCCGGCCGAGAGACCUGGAGGAGUUUUUCUCCACCGUCGGCAAGGUUCGAGACGUGAGGAUGAUCUCCGACCGGAACUCCCGGCGUUCCAAGGGAAUUGCCUACGUGGAGUUCGUCGACGUCAGCUCGGUGCCCCUCGCCAUCGGCUUAACCGGCCAGCGGGUCCUGGGGGUCCCCAUCAUAGUCCAAGCGUCCCAGGCGGAGAAGAACCGCGCGGCCGCCAUGGCCAACAACCUCCAGAAGGGCAGCGCCGGGCCGAUGCGGCUCUACGUGGGCUCGCUCCACUUCAACAUCACGGAAGACAUGCUGCGGGGCAUCUUCGAGCCCUUUGGCAGGAUCGAGAGCAUCCAGCUGAUGAUGGACAGUGAAACCGGCCGCUCCAAGGGAUACGGGUUUAUCACGUUUUCCGAUUCGGAGUGUGCCAAGAAGGCCCUGGAGCAGCUGAACGGAUUUGAGCUGGCGGGGCGGCCCAUGAAGGUGGGCCACGUGACGGAGCGCACCGACGCUUCCAGCGCCAGCUCCUUCCUGGACAGCGACGAGUUGGAGAGGACCGGGAUCGACCUGGGCACGACGGGCCGCCUGCAGCUCAUGGCCCGGCUGGCCGAGGGGACGGGCCUACAGAUUCCCCCCGCGGCCCAGCAGGCCCUGCAGAUGAGCGGAUCCUUAGCCUUCGGGGCCGUCGCAGAUUUGCAGACAAGACUCUCCCAGCAGAGUGAAGUCACGGCCUUGGCUGCCGCCGCCUCCGUCCAACCACUGGCCACUCAAUGUUUCCAGCUGUCCAACAUGUUCAACCCGCAGACGGAAGACGAGCUGGGCUGGGACACGGAGAUAAAGGACGACGUGAUCGAAGAGUGUAACAAGCACGGGGGAGUCAUCCACAUUUACGUGGAUAAAAACUCGGCUCAGGGCAACGUGUACGUCAAGUGCCCCUCCAUCGCGGCGGCCAUCGCGGCGGUCAACGCGUUGCACGGAAGGUGGUUUGCAGGUAAGAUGAUCACCGCCGCCUACGUCCCGCUCCCGACGUACCACAACCUCUUCCCCGACUCCAUGACCGCCACACAGCUACUGCUUCCCGUUCGACGAUGAAGGAGGAGCGCCUAGUCCCGUUUUUGUACAUAGCUCUUUUUUUUUUUUGGAGGAAUAUUCAUCCCGAGUUAUCUUUUAUUUAGGUAAAACUAAAGAGGAGAAGGGUCCCUUGUCGUUCACGUCCGCUUGCCGUUGACCGCGGGGGGAAAGAAAUCAUUGCGUCCGCGAGGCGGAGGUGUCCCCGGCGAUCGGAGGGGAGGCCUUUUUCCCGUUUCACGAGCCCAAAUUUUUAAGCGACGGUUUCCCGAGCCGCCGCGGCCCCGGCGGGGAGGCUCCCGGAACACGCGACGGGGGCGGCGGGAGACGGCGCGGGCCGGACGGCGUUCCCCACACCACCACCACCGCCGUCCGGUCCGGAAUGGGAGACCGCCCCGGUCCCGGCCCUUGGGGGUAACUUUUCAAUUAACGUCUCUUGUACAAGUUUCUUUGUAAAUACCGUGUGUUCUGGUGUGUCUCCGAGGCCCAAACAAAGCGAUCCCUGCCUUCCCGCCGCCCCCCGUCGGAGCGGGGACCGGGAAGCUCGGAAUGGCGUUUUGUCUGGUUGCGUUAUAACCUUCGCUCUUUUUAAGCUCUGUGAGCUCUGAAAUCUAUUUUUGCGUUACUUCAGUGUGUUGGACGAGACAGCUUGGUAUUUCUAUCAGAUGACUUUCAUAUUGCAACGAUCUUUGUAAGAACCACUCAAAAUAAAAUUCUCUUAAAAAGGC